AUGUCUGUCUCAGCACCAAAGCCCAAGCCGACGGUGCCCGUCGCACUUUCUUUCGAGGCAAUUGAUGAUCUCAUCUACGAUGCCCGGGCUGGUGAUCUCGAGGCUCUGAAGGCCGACAUCACCACUUUGGCGUCGCAGCACAGCUGCCCCGAGUCCCACAUCAUCGCAUCUGCCAUCGAUAUGGAAGAAGAGAGCGAAGGCGGCACAGGCUCCUGUGUGUUGCACUUCCCGGCCGCAAAUGGCAACAUCGAAAUCCUCAACGUUCUUCUCCAAAAACUCUCCGACUUGGACGCUGCCGAGCGUGCUGCGAUUGUCAAUCACCGUAACCACUCUGGCAACACGCCGCUGCACUGGGCUGCACUGAACACGCACCUGGAAUGUGUCAAGGCUCUUGUUGAGUCUGGUGCUGAUGUUACUGUCAAGAACGAUGCUGGUCACGAUGCCGUGUUCCUCGCUGAGCGGGCUGCCUGGUCUGCCUCUGCGGAGGAAGUCAACGAGGAUGAAGACCAGACACAGGAGAUCGAGAUGACCAUUGGUGAGGGCGAGAACGAAGGUGAGGGCCAGGGUGAGAACCAGCAACAGACUGGGGAAAUGUCUGCGGGCAGACAGGUUGUUGAGUGGCUACUGUCAUCAGAGAAAGCGGCUGGCCUGGAGAGUGGUGCUAAUGAGGGCGAGGGCUCGGCAUAG